GGUACGAUGACACAUAAACUUUCGCUCAAACAAAACACAACCUCAUCAUCAGCUUCAUCUUCUAUUCGAAGCUACAACCAAACGUAACCGUUUCCAAUGUCCACCGUAAGAAUUCAAGUUUCAGCGUGCGCUCUUUCCGCCACCGUCAACAACCUUCGUUAUCGUCCAAACUACGUCGUUUCAACAAGCCGCUUCAACAACCAUUUCAGCUUCAAACCCCUCAGAGUUUCAAUGUCUUCCGUUCCUCCUUCCGAGCCCUUGGAAAUUGCUGUCAAAGCUUCUAUCACCUCACCCAACAAACUUGGAGACUGCCCUUUUACCCAAAGGGUAUUGCUGACCCUGGAGGAAAAACAUUUACCUUACGAGAAGAAAUUGGUGGAUUUAAGGAACAAACCAGAAUGGUUCCUUGAAAUCAGCCCUGAAGGUAAAGUUCCUGUAAUAAAUAUUGAUGGGAAGUGGGUUCCUGAUUCAGAUGUAAUCACACAAACAUUGGAAGAGAAGUAUCCUAGCCCACCAUUGGUGACUCCACCAGAAAAGGCGACAGUUGGAUCAAAGAUCUUUUCUACAUUUAUUGGAUUUCUCAAGAGCAAAGAUCCCAAUGAUGGAACAGAACAAGCAUUACUAAAUGAACUAAGCUCCUUCAACGAUUACCUAAAGGAAAAUGGUCCUUUUAUCAAUGGGAAAGACAUAUCUGCGGCUGACCUGUCACUUGGACCAAAGUUAUACCAUUUGGAGAUUGCUUUAGGGCAUUAUAAGAAAUGGGCAGUACCUGAUUCACUUAACUUUUUGAAAUCUUACUUGAAGGAUAUUUUCUCGAGGGAAUCAUUCAUCAACACGCGUGCACAGCCGGAGGAUGUCAUUGAAGGUUGGCGUCCUAAAGUGGAGGGUUGAUAAUAUCCUCUCAUGCUACUCUUUUCUUUCACUUGCCUGAGACUCUUUAAGUUACAUCCAACUCUAGUUGAGUAUAUAUUCAGCAGCAUUCCAAUAUAGAGUUGAAUACCAAUAUCACUCUGCGCCAUGAACCAAAGCAUAAUUGUUGUUUUAUAGUUGGCCACAGAUUGUAACAUGUUAGGGAGAGGCCAAGAAGACUGCAUGUAGAGCGAAAUAGUUGGCAUUCUGCAAAUAGAAACUACAAUUGCAUCCUUAAAUUAUUGCUGCACUAUGUAAGAAAUAAUUGUGGUUGGAAUUGGGUUGAUGUGCCAUUGAACUUGAUCUUAAAUAAAGAGGACUUUCCUUAA